AUGAAGAAAGGUCUAUACGACGUAACAUACUCUGGAUUAAUGUUUGCAAGAAGUACAGUGUCAAAUACCAAUUCCACCAUCACCACACAAUAUGUCAGCAGCCUUGAUCUCUCUAACAACCAUCUCUGUGGAAUAGUCCCAAGCUCAAUAGGUAAUCUUCAUUUUCUCGAAUUUUUAGUUCUCUCUAACAAUGGGCUUUCAGGUGAACUUCCUUCCUAUUUGAAAAACUGCACAAGCUUGGCUAGUCUUGAUCUUGGUGACAACAAAUUUUCUAGGAAACUUCCAUCAUGGAUAGGAGAAACCAUGCCACAUUUAUUGAUUUUACGCAUGCGGUCCAACUUCUUCACCGGAGACAUUCCUUUGAUGUUCUACAGCCCUGCCAAUCUUCAUAUAUUGGAUCUCUCUUACAAUUCUCUGUCAGGUCAUAUGCCAAAUUGCAUUGGCAUUCUGAGUGGGCUUCUCCCAAUGGACAUUGUCAACUUGAAAAGCCUAGAAACUCUUGAUCUUUCAAACCACAAACUUUUUGGGCCAAUUCCACUCAGCAUGCCUUCUUUAACAUUUCUGAAUCAUUUAAAUCUGUCAUACAAUACCUUAUCAAGGAAAAUUCCAACUGCCAACCAAUUUCAGACCCUUGAAGAUCCAUCAAUCUAUCAAGGCAAUGCUGGCCUCUUUGGGAAGCCUUUGCCAACCGACUGUACAGGCAGCAUUAUAGAUACUCUUGGGGAAAAAGAAGAGGAAGAUGGUGAUAUUGGCGAUCCACUAAUUGAGCAGCUAGGCUUCUUCAUCAGCAUGUUUUUGGGUUUCUUUGUUGGAUUUUGGGGUGUUUGUGGCACUUUGAUCAUCAAGAGGUCUUGGAGAGAUGCCUGUUUUCAUUUUGUUGACAGAGUAAAAGAACACUUUGUAGGCAAAAAAAAGAACCAAACUGAAUCGAAAACAGCAUUAACUUGCCACAUUAUGUAUUGCAUCGAACGACUUUGA